AUAAAGUCAAAGCAGAGCUCUUAGCAGCAAGCCAGCAAAACGAGGCGUUGAGACAAGAAAUUCAGGAGCUCAGGAGAAGACCCCAAAAUGAACCAUCUUUGGAGGAAUUGUGUAAUGUCAUUAAGGAGGAAACAGAGGCCAUGAGGCUCCAAAAUGACAGCAUACAAGAGGAAAUCCAGGAGCUCAAAGAAAAGCGUAGAAAUUUAACUGCUCUGGAUGAAACGUAUGACACACUGAAAGCAGAGAAAGAGGCGAUAAGCCAGCAAAAUGACGACCUGAGACAAGAGAUUCGGGAGAUAUCCAAAGAUCUCCGAUAUGAAAAGGCUCUGCGGGAAAUGAAUGAGCAAAUGGAAGUUUCAAAAGUGACCAUCAGCCAGGAGAACGCAGCACUGAAAGAACAACGCCAGAAGCUCUACAAAGAUUAUGAAGAUCAAAAGAUUUUCGGUGUCAUGUGUAGGGAGAAGUUGCACAACAUGGGAUUUAUGUGCAGAGAAAAUGAAGACAUCCAAAUAGACAUUGAGGACCUUACCAGUAGGAUCCAGAACAGAGAAGCCAUGAAAGACAAAUAUAAAGCCCUGAAAGCAGAAGAAAAAGUUGUCUCUGCAAAACAAAAUGAGCUUCUUAAAACACUUGCAACGCUCCACUCAAAGUUUCGAGGUAUGAAAGAAUAUGAAGGCAAGUGUGGUCCGCUGAGAGAGGAGAUAGGAGCCUUAAGACAACGCAACGAUGAACUCCAUCAAGAAAUCCAACAGUGCAGUGAGGAGAUAGAAAACAAAACUGUUACAAAGGCAAUUUAUGACUCACUGAAAGGAGAGAAAAAGAAUCUAACGCACAGAAAUAAAAUCCUGAAAAAAGAAAUUCAGGAGGUGGAGAAAAGGCUUGUAAAGGAACAAGCUUUGGUAGACAGGAAUGAUGUCAUGAAAGAAGAAAACGAAGCCUUGAUCCAACAAAACCACACAUUACAGCUGGAGGUUGAAGAGCUCUACGGCAGACUGCAAAGUGAAAAAAUACUGGAGGUCCUGUACAAAUCGCUGACAACGGAAAUAAAUGCCACGAGUCGAAGAAAUGAUGUACUUCGACGAGAGGUCCAGAAGCUCAAAGAAAAGCUGAACAGUGAAAGAGCUUUAGAAAGUGCACGCAAUGCAAUGAAGGCUGAGAAACAGAAGGUCGACCGAGAGCACGCAGCACUACAGCAAGAAAUUCAAGACCUGAACAGCUCCUGAAGAGCUAUAUGGAAAGCUGACAUACAUUGUUUUUGCUUUCCAAGGGAAAAAAGGGUAUGGAUUUAACUUCAGCCUCACACAAAAAGGUGCUGGUUUAAUUUCUGGGCCUGACUCUUUUUGUGUGGAGUUGGAUUUUCUCCCCUGUGUGAAUGUGUGUGAGUGGUUGUUUGUUUCUAUGUGCCCUGUGUUGGACUGGCGACCUAUCCAGGUUGUACCCGGCCUCUCACCUAAUGUCAGCUGGGAUUGGCUCCAGUCGAGCAUAUGGAUGAAACUUCAGCCUCACACAAAAAGGUGCUGGUUCAAUUCCUGGGCCUGACUCUUUUUGUGUGGAGUUGGAUUUUCUCCUCAGGUUGACCUAAAAAUACCAAACCACAAACUAAAAGAGGGGCAGCACAGUGGCGCAGUGGUUAGCACUGUCGCCUCAGAGCAAGAAGGUCCAGGGUUUGAACCUUGGUCAUCUGCGUCUCUGUGUGGAGUUCAUAUGUUCUCCCCGUGUCUGUCCCGGUUCUCUCCGGGUGCUCCGGCUUCCCCCCACAUCAUAAAACAUUUAUUAUGUAGAUUCUGAAUUGACCAAAAAUACCAAACCACUAACUAAAAGAGGGGCGGCGCAGUGGCGCAGUGGUUAGCACUGUUGCCUCAGAGCAAGAAGGUCCAGGGUUUGAACCUUGGUCGUCUGCGUCUCUGUGUGGAGUUUACAUGU